GAGAAAGAGAGCGAGAAAGACAAUAUGGGUGCAUGCAUCGACACACACAAAUGUGCAGGGAAAUGCCUUUUGUUGCUUUCACUUUGGUUUACAAGCCCUACUUGUAAUUGUCAAUUGAAUUUAAGGCCAAUUCUUGCACCAAAAUCAGCCCCGUGGCCUUUUAGCAUCUCUCCUCCUCCAUGCACAAACAGCCUUCUGGGAACAACAGCCUAGUGACAGUGGUGGGGAAAGAAGCAAACCAUUGGGCUGUAAUUUGAGCCUGGCUUCACAGACCCUUUUGUGCACGUUUCCUUGGACACCAGAAGCAGGAAGUGAUAAGUUAUACCAAGCACAGUCAACAAUCCUGCACCGGGCGUUUGCUUUUGCUUGCAAGCCAUGAGGGGCCUGCUAACUACCCAGGAACAGGAUGGCUGGAGGGAACUUAUUAACAAGGAGGCUUUCUGCAGGGUCAGCUGGAAGGCAAAAUAUGGAUGUAAAUACCCCCAGCGCCUGCCCAAUCAUGGCGUUUCCAGGCAAAAGUGUUUGCUGCCUGCUAUCUACCUUCCCAAGGAGGACUCAAGCUCUAGAAAUCAAGAAGAAGCUCCACCAAAGGGAGACCAGCAGCAGCCACUGGAAGAGAAGAGGGAGCUGAGUCUUCAGGACCCUCUUCCAGAGAUGAGGGUCCCAACCCCAGAGACCACGCAGCUGCUGUACAAGGGCUUCUCCCAUGAAGGCAAAGGGAGGCAACAGUACCUCAAAGAGAGAAUGAUGAAGUCCCCUGAAGAAAAAUUUCGCUACCCAGUGCUGUCUUCAUGGGAUUAUGGUUGGCACUUAGAUUAUGGAUUGUGACUGUUUUGCAGUGGGAUCUGAACUUUGCAUCAUUUGGCAGUUGGAAUUCUGUUCAAAAUUGUUAAAGCGAGUUCACCUUCCCAAGAAAGCCAUGGUUAGGGCAUUAUGUUAUGUACAGAUGUGGUCAUUGGUGGGUUCCAUCCAAAUGUAGCUCAGCAAACAUUAAGAAGAAACUGCUGAUAUUUAUUUAUUUGUUUCGUUAUACUGAAAGCCAUCAAUGUGUAUAACAGAAUAAAAUAGCAAGCUUCUGAGUACUGCCGAGCAACUAGAUCAUCCUUGCCUAGCAGAUGUGGGAUUAAAUGCUAGUUUUUAUUGGUUUUCCAAUGUACCUUCUCAUAACUAUUGAUCACAGCAUGGAGCCUACCACCUUGCUGAUGUUAAGACCCCCCACCCCUGUGGACACCCAUGACAGUGGCAUCUGCAGGUUCUGGCUUCUUCCAUU